UGUUCCCUCGGUUUCACUGCACCUUUCAGGCAGAAGGCUGGUUUAUUUUAGCCACAGUGCUAGCAGCUUGUGCACAGAUCAGAACCGAUCAAUGCAGGCUAUAAAGUGUGUGGUGGUGGGAGACGGGGCUGUGGGUAAAACAUGUCUGCUCAUCAGCUACACCACCAAUGCCUUCCCAGGAGAAUACAUCCCCACAGUCUUCGACAACUACUCUGCCAACGUGAUGGUGGAUGGGAAACCAGUGAACCUGGGUCUGUGGGACACAGCGGGACAGGAGGACUACGACAGACUCCGACCCCUGUCCUACCCACAGACAGACGUGUUCCUGAUUUGCUUUUCACUCGUCAGUCCAGCUUCGUUUGAAAACCUUCGUGCCAAGUGGUAUCCUGAGGUGAGACAUCAUUGUCCCAAGACGCCUAUAAUCCUGGUUGGUACGAAGCUGGACUUGAGGGACGACAAGGACACAAUCGAAAAACUCAAGGAGAAGAAAUUCUCUCCCAUCAUUUAUCCUCAGGGCUUGGCCAUGGCUAAAGAAAUCGGUGCAGUGAAAUAUCUGGAGUGCUCAGCUUUGACGCAGCGAGGCCUUAAGACGGUGUUUGAUGAAGCCAUCAGGGCGGUCCUGUGCCCCCAACCUCUCAAAAAGACCAGGAGAAGGAAGUGCAUCGUAUUGUAAUGGAGAUCCAAAGCAAUUAGAAAACACAGCUGCAGUAAGACCUCACCUUCUUGAAGGAGCAAAGAUAAAAACGAGGUUCCUGAAAGUAUUUUUUUAUCCUAUGUCCUGACUUGCAUGAGCCCCUUUCAGACUUUGAAGCUGAGCCUGAGAAGCCUUUUCCAGCACUGUUGACACGUGUGAACUGACCGAGACAGAACGGAGAGCUUGAAGUAGAUUCAUCACUGAUGCACCUCUGAACCAGAUAUGACGGUAGUCACAGAGCUGAGUUGGCAGGUAUGU